AUGAUGCUUGAGUUUCGAUGGCCGUUAUUGGGCGUGAUAAUACCUGUGGCAAUUAUUGCAUGCACCGCCUAUGGUUCACACUAUUUCAUUCUUCGUCAUCAUUUGUCAACCACCCAACAAAUUAUAUACGAAUGUUUGGCAUCGAUGAUUUGGGCAUCAUAUGCUUUAGCGAUAUAUACCAGUCCAGGAGAGCCUCCUAAGAACUAUAAUCCCAAAAAGGGUGAAUGGAAACGAUAUUGUACUAAAUGUCGAAUUUACAAGCCACCUAGAACUCAUCAUUGUUCAAAGUGUAACAAAUGUGUGAUGGCGAUGGACCACCAUUGUCCCUGGACUCUCAAUUGUGUUGGAGCAAACAAUUUGCCUCAUUUUAUGAGGUUUUUAUUUUGGGUAAUUGUGGGGACUUUAUAUUUAUUUGUUCAAUUCUGUGAACGUAUUAUUGGGUACUAUAAUGACCUGGAUAAACCAAUUUAUCUUAUAAAGCGAUCAGAAUUGAUUGCUGUUGUUGUUUUCACACCUAUAGAUUUGUUUAUUUUGUUGAGCAUUUCGUUGUUAUUCAUAAGAUGCUUGAUCAAUAUUUGUAAAGGUAUGACUCAGAUUGAGAUUUGGGAGUGGGAUAGAAUUGAUAGUCAAUUUCAUAGCAAAAGACUAUGGAAGUCAAUUAGGUUGAAUUAUAAGCAGUUGCAUGGGAAGAAAUUACCAAAAUUGAAUACAUGGACUAACAAAACUCCAAUUGAUGAUGAAGAAUACCCUUUGGAUGAUAUCAUGAACCAAGAAGAAAAUGAUGAGUUGAAUAGCCUCGUGGGGCCAGAGUCUACCGAUACAGAAUCACACUAUCGUGACGACGAAGAUUUGGAAGGAGAGUGUGACCCGGGAGCGGAUGAAGAAGAGUGCGACGAGGGAGUGGAUGAAGAUAACGACACAGUUCCUCAAAAUUUUACCAUUGAUGAUUUGAUAUUUCCGUACGAUUACGGACUUUGGGGCAACCUCAAGCACUUUUUAGGCUCUCCGUUUAUGUGGCUAGUCCCAUGGUCUAAGCCAAAUAAUAGCGGCCUUGACAUUGAACCUUCAUUAGAUUAUAAGGAGGAUGACCAAUUGGGAUUACCUUGGCCACCAGAUGGAGGGAAUCAAAACAUUACGAUUCCAACACCGAAUGAUGAUGAGUUAAGAAGUAUUAACAACUAUUCUCAAAUAAAGAAACAAUUGGAUCCUAGAUACAACGCCAAAAGAAGUAAUUGGCAAAAUGACAUGGGAGAAAGCCUAAAUGAUUUUGGUGUAUAUAUUGAUGACUCCGAUGAUGAUAAAUUAUAG